CUCAUUGAUGACCUCGUCCUCUUCAUCCUCUUCUUCGUCACUGUCGUCUUCGUCCACCUCCUCCACUUCAUCCUCCUUUUCCUCAUCGUCCAGAGCCGCGGGAACGGGGCUCAAAGCACGCCGCUUCGGCCGGCACGCCAUGUUGCCGGCACCUCUGCGCCUGCGCAACCCCCGCGCGCCCGCCCUUCCGGAUCCACCCAAUCCAGCCGAGGGCGGGGUGGGGGAUUGGAGGGCACGAAGACCCUCGGUGCGGAGUCGGCGUCAGCCCCACCACCGUGAAGUUCGACAGUCAAGUCCAAUUGGGGGAGUCCUCUCUUGGCCUUUUCUUCCUCCUUCCAUGGAGCAACUCGUCUUUCCGAGGUUCUCCUCACCCCCCCCCCCCGCUUUGCGCAGUGGUUUGACCCAUCUCACUAGGUCGCUGGGCCUGGGUGUCAGUGCGCAUGCGCGAGCUUCGGGUGGCUCCUGGAUCCCCCACCCCCGGCGCAGGUGCCCAGUAACUGGGGGGCGGGGUUUGAGCUGUCGUCGUGGCAACGCCGGCCACGUGGUGAGGGGGCCGUCCUCCCGGCUCGGCUCUGCGCUGCGCGCAGCCGCCCGGCGGCCUGCUGGCGGAAACCCUGAGAGUCCGCCCCGGAGUGGCGCCCCGCCAGCCCGGCCAGCACCCUGUAAGGACUGCCAGGCCAUGAUGAAGGUUCUUCUGCUGAAAGACCCCAAGGAGGACGACUGUGGCCAGGACCCCUACGUCAGGGAGCUGGGAUUAUAUGGGCUCGAAGCCACUUUGAUCCCUGUUUUAUCGUUUGAAUUUCUGUCUCUCCCCAGUCUGUCAGAAAAGCUGUCUCAUCCCGAAGGUUACGGGGGACUCAUUUUCACCAGCCCCAGAGCGGUGGAAGCCGUGGAGCGGUGUUUGCAGAAAGACACUAAAGCCGAAGUCUGGAAAAAGUCUCUGAAAGAAAAAUGGAACGCUAAGUCGGUGUAUGUGGUGGGAAAUGCUACUGCUUCUCUAGUGAAUAGAAUUGGCCUGCAUACAGAAGGAGAGGCCUGUGGAAACGCAGAAAAGCUGGCAGAAUACAUUUGUUCCAGGGAGUCCUCCACGCUGCCUCUUCUGUUUCCCUGCGGAACCCUCAAAAGAGAGAUCCUGCCGAAAAUGCUCACGGAUAAAGGGAUCCCCUUGGAGAGUGUAACCGUCUACCAGACUAUCCCGCACCCAGGGAUCCAGGGGAACCUCAGCAGCUACUAUACCCAGCAGGGUGUUCCCGCCAGCAUCACGUUUUUCAGUCCCUCUGGCCUGACACACAGUCUCAAGCAUAUUCAAGAGUUAUCUGGUGACAGCAUUGGCCAAAUUAAGAAUUUCCAUGUGAAGUCAAAGCACCCCUGACCUCGCAGAGUCCCUGAAGGCAGCUCUGGAGAAAAGGCAGGGCUGGACGUCCCUGCGGCCAGCGCUCAGGACUGCGCUUCCUCUGCAGGGGGCUGGAGUUCCAUCCCUGAUCCAGGAAGGCCUCGUGCUGUGCGUGCGGGCUUUAGGACUCCCAGGCCCCUGCUCACAGCUCACAGGCCACCUCCUGGCUGGUGCUCUUGGACAAGUUACUUAACCUCUCUGAGCCUGUGUAACAUGAGGAUGAUUAUCCCUUUGUGGUCUUCGCAGACACGUGUAUGGUCUUCGCUGAUAGGUUCAUUGAAAGAACUCAAGUCAAGCCCUUAGCUCAAGGCCUGGCUCGGUUAUUAGCAUGCUUCCCCUUGUUUCCCGUUUGUCUUGAAAUUAUCUAUUCUAAAAUCCUUUCUUCUUUUCAUGGUUUUUAACUCAAAGGAUUUCCAUUCGUACUCUAGGAGUUGGCAAGUAAUCCCAGCACUGUAACGGGGAUGCUCUUAAAGGGCCCGAAGGGGACUGGGGAAGGGGUACCGGUGUGACUGGGAGCCCCCAGCACAGGCCCCAGCACUCCUGGGGGUCGGGACUGUCUCUGCCUUAUAGACUGGUUCCCCACUCCCACCCCACCCCCAGGGAGGUGCCCAGAGCCGGAACACUGGCCUUAGCGCUGGGCUGUUGGGGGCCUGGUGGAGAGUGGGCUGCCCUGCUCCAGGGGCCCCGUCCACAGCCUGGGUCCAUCCCCGCGGGCCGUGUGGGUCCAGCUCCGUGGACUCUGUGGGUCCAGCCAGGCCCCUGGUGAUGAGUCUCACAGCAGGGCUCUCUAGACUCCCCCCUGCUCCUGUGACCAGCCAUUUCAGGGGGAAAAAAAGGCUCAUGUGGAAAUGUCAUCUUGUGACCAGAUUGCUUCUGCUGAAAUUAUGCCUGCUAUUGGCUGGUUCCCAACUUCACGGUGUUUCUUUCUUUCUUUUUUUAAUGUUCGUUUAGAGAAAAAAACAGCUUUAUUGAGAUAUAAUUCACACACCAUGAAAUUCACUUUUUAUGACUUAAAUAUGUACCUUUUAAAGUGUGCAAUUCAGUGGGUUUUGGU